AUGCCAAUAUCAUUUGAAUAUCGCUGCACCACACCUACAGCCAACUGGAGGUACCCGAUAUCCAUAGACCAGGCUCCUAUAAAACAGCUGGUCUACCUGCUGGAGUUUGUUAUCAUGUGCUACUGCGCGUCUCUACUCUACAGUGUCAACUGUCUCAUUCUAGCCUUCGCCAGGAUGAUCUCUUCACAGGUUGAAAUUCUGAAACUCAGCAUGACCAGUUUGGCCCAAAACGCAGCCAAGACCGUUUAUUUCCAGAACGCAGACAACUCCGUAUAUUGCCAAAACGCAGCCGAUUCCGUCUAUGCCCAAAACGCAGCUGGAACCGUUCCUGGGAAUAAAAAUGACCAUGAUUUUGAAGUCUCUGAGAUCUAUGGAAAUAACGAUGACCAUAAUUUUGAAGUAUCUGAGAUCUAUGGGAAUAUGGAUAACCAUACAUUGGUAAAUGGAGACCUGUUGAGGGGUGAUUACCAUAUUGAAGAGUCUGAGAUUCUGUAUCGCAGAUACCAGAUGAGGGUCGAUGAUUUGCAGAGGGAUUGUUUGAUUGAUUAUCAGAGGAUAUUAAGCCAAGCUGCACUUAUGGAACAAACGUUUAGUCCACUUAUACUUUUUCAACUGGCCGUUAGCACCAUUACUCUGUGCCUGGUACUAAUUUCACUCACGUUAACGAUCGCCAUAAAAACUAUUAUUAAUGGGUGA